CAGCAGAGCUCAGAGGUUCCCAGUGCUCAGUCUGCCCAGCAGCAUCAAACAGAUCUGGCCUCCAUAUUUAUGCUGCUGGAGGAGAACAUGGUCACCUUUGUGAAGAAGGAACUGAAAAACCUCCAGAGGUCUCUGAGGCCAGAUUACCCAGAAUGCUUAGAGAGGCAGAGGGAGGAUGAGGAGGUGUUGGAUGGUGAGGAGGAAGAGCAGAGGUGGAGCAGCAGAGAGGCUUUUCUGCAGAUCACACUGCACUUCCUGAGGAGAAUGAAGCAGGAGGAGCUGGCUGAGCGUGUGAAGAGAGGGGCAGAGCUGUCAACUGAUCACCAUCUGGUGGUGAGUUGGGUUCGAUGGCAGGGGAAGCCUUUGGAAAGACCUGGCAAGCCCAAGCGUAUAGUGAGAGUGAACUGGGAACGUGUGGAUGAGGCCUCGGUCAGAGAAACCUUCAUCUGCCACCUCCGGCAGGGCUUCUCCCAUAUCCCUGUGGAGGCUGGGGACAUUGAACCAGAGUGGGCAAUGUUCAAAGCUUCCAUUGCUGAAGCUGCAGUUGUGAGCUGUGGUCUGAAGGUCUUAGGUGCCUCAAGGGGCGGGGACUCCCGAGGCAGUUGCGAGGUACUGACAGGCCAGAAGGGCGGCAGCCUCAGCUGUGGGGGAGCAAAGAAGCGGGUAUGGGAGAGGUUCAACAUUGCGUGGAAGGUUGGGGCAGUGCCGAAGGAGUGGCAGACCGGGGUGGUGGUUCCCCUGUUUAAAAAGGGGGACCAGAGGGUGUGUGCCAAUUAUAGAGGCAUCUCACUCCUCAGCCUCCCUGGGAAAGUUUACUCUAAGGUGCUGGAGAGGAGGGUUCAACCAAUAGUCGAACCUCAGAUUGAAGAGGAACAAUGCGGUUUCCAUCCGGGUCAUGGAACAUCGGACCAGCUCUGGUAUCCUGGAAGGGGUCUGGGUGUAUGCCAGGGCUGUGCCUUGUCACCGAUCCCGUUCGUGAAUUUCAUGGAGAGGAUAUCGAGGCAUAGUCAUGGAGGAGAGGGGUUGCAGUUUGAUGGGCAGAGCAUUGCGUCGCUGCUUUUUGCAGAUGAUGUGGUCCUAAUGGCAUCAUCGGUCUGUGACCUUCAGCACUCACUGGACCAGUUUGUGGCUGAGUGUGAAGCGGCUGGGAUGAAGAUCAGCAUCUCUAUAUCUGAGAACAUGGUUCUUAGCAGGAAAACAGUGGAUUGCCUACUGCAGUUUGGGAAUGAGUUCUUACCCCAAGUGAAGGAGUUCAAGUAUCUCGGGGUCUUGUUCAUGAGUGAGAGAACAUCGGAGUGUGAGAUUUGCUGGAGAAUCAGAGCAGUAGGGGCAGUACUGCAUUCGCUGUGCUGCACUGUACUGCUGGAGUGUUUGGCCGCCAUCAAGGGCUGGAUGGUGAACAACCUCCUUCAGUUAAAUGCGGCCAAGACCAAGGUGCUAGUCAUUGCCUCUGACAGUGUCACAGCCAGGCGUGAACUCAGAUCUAACCUGAAGAAGAAGUUUGACUGUGUGUUUGAGGGGAUUGCUAAAGCAGGAAACCCAACACCUCUGAAUCAGAUCUACACAGAGCUGUACAUCACAGAGGGAGAGAGUGGAGAGCUCAAUGAGGAACAUGAGGUCAGACAGAUUGAAACAGCAUCCAGGAAACCAGCCAGACCAGAAACACCAAUCAAAUGUGAAGACAUCUUUAAACCUUUACCUGGAAGAGAUCAACCAAUCAGGACAGUGAUGACAAAGGGAGUGGCAGGCAUUGGGAAAACAGUCUUAACACAGAAGUUCACUCUGGACUGGGCUGAACACAAAGCCAACCAGCAUGUCCACUUCACAUUUCCAUUCACUUUCAGAGAGCUGAAUCUGCUGGGAAGGAAAAAGUUGAGCUUUGUGGAACUUCUUCACCACUUCUUCACUGAGACCAAAGAAGCAGGAAUCAGCAGGUUUGAGCAGUUCCAGGUUGUGUUGAUCUUUGACGGUCUGGAUGAGUGUCGACUUCCUCUGGACUUCAAGAACAACCAGAUCCUGACUGAUGUUACAGAGUCCACCUCAGUGGACGUUCUGCUGACAAACCUCAUCAAGGGGAACCUGCUUCCCUCUGCUCGCCUCUGGAUAACCGCACGACCCGCAGCAGCCAAUCAGAUCCCUCCUGAGUGGGUUGGCAUGGUGACAGAGGUGAGAGGCUUCACUGACCCACAGAAGGAGGAAUACUUCAGGAAGAGAUUCAGAGAUGAGGAGCAGGCCAGCAGAAUCAUCUCCCACAUCAAGACGUCACGAAGCCUCCACAUCAUGUGCCACAUCCCAGUCUUCUGCUGGAUCACUGCUACAGUUCUGGAGGACGUGUUGAAAACCAGACAGAGACGAGACCUGCCCAAGACCCUGACUGAGAUGUACAUCCACUUCCUGGUGGUACAGUCCAAAGUGCAGAACGUUAAGUAUCAUGGGAGAGCUGAGACAGAUCCAGUCUGGACUCCAGAGACCAGGGAGAUGAUCCUGUCUCUGGGAAAACUGGCUUUUGAGGAGCUGGAGAAAGGCAACCUGAUCUUCUAUGAAGCAGACCUGGCAGAGUGUGGCAUUGAUAUCAGAGCAGCCUCAGUGUACUCAGGAGUGUUCACACAGAUCUUUAAAGAGGAGCGUGGGCUGUACCAGGACAAGGUUUUCUGCUUCGUCCAUCUGAGCGUUCAGGAGUUUCUGGCUGCUGUUCAUGUCUUUGUGACAUUCAUCAACUCUGGAGUCAGUCUGCUGUCAGAAGGACAAUCAACCUCCCAACUAAAACACCUCUACCAGAGUGCUGUGGACAAGGCCUUACAGAGUCCAAAUGGACACCUGGACCUGUUCCUGCGCUUCCUCUUGGGUCUUUCACUGCAGACCAAUCAGACUCUCCUACGAGGCCUGCUGACUCAGACAGGAAGUAGCUCACAGACCAAUCAGGAAACAGUCCAGUUCAUCAAGGAGAAGAUCAGGGACAGUCCCUCUCCAGAGAGAAGCAUCAACCUGUUCCACUGUCUGAAUGAGCUGAAUGACCAUUCUCUAGUGGAGGAGAUCCAACAGUACCUGAGUUCAGGACGUCUCUCCACAGUCAAACUGUCCCCUGCUCAGUGGUCAGCUCUGGUCUUUAUCUUACUGUCAUCAGAAGAAGAUCUGGAGGUGUUUGACCUGAAGAAAUACUCUGCUUCAGAGGAGGCUCUUCUGGGGCUGCUGCCACUGGUCAAAGCCUCCAAGAAAUCUGUGCUGAGUGGCUGUAAUCUGUCAGAGAGAAGCUGUGCAGCUCUGGCCUCAGUUCUCAGCUCCCAGUCCUCUAGUCUGAGAGAGCUGGACCUGAGUAACAACCAGCUGCAGGAUUCAGGAGUGAAGCUGCUCUCUGCUGGACUGGAGAGUCCACACUGCAGACUGGAGACUCUCAGGCUGUCAGGCUGUCUGCUCACACAGAGAGGCUGUGCUUCUCUGGCCCCAGCUCUGAGCUCCAACCCCUCCCAUCUGAGAGAGCUGGACCUGAGCUACAAUCAUCCAGGAGACUCAGAAGUGAAGCUGCUCUCUGCUGGACUGGAGGAUCCAACCUGGAGACUGGAGGCUCUCAGGGUGGACCAUGGUGGAGAGCAGUGGUUGAAACCAGGUCUGAGGAAGUAUUCCUGUGAACUCAAACUGGACACAAACACAGCUCACAGAAACCUCGUCCUGUCUGAGGACAACAGGAAGGCAACACUGGUGAGAGAGGAGCAGCCAUAUCCUGAUCACCCAGAGAGGUUUGACUCCUUGUGGCAGAUCCUGUGUAGAGAUGGUCUGACUGGUCGCUGCUACUGGGAGGUCGAGUGGAAAGGCAGAGUUUAUAUAUCAGUGACUUACAGAGGAAUCAGCAGGAAAGGAAACAGUGAUGACUGUGCACUUGGCAGGAAUGACAAGUCCUGGAGUCUGGCCUGCCACGAUGGUGGUUUCACUGCCAGACACAAUAACGGAGGAACAGCCAUCCCUGCCCCCUCCCCUUCUAACAGAGUGGCAGUGUAUCUGGACUGGCCUGCUGGCUCUCUGUCCUUCUACAGCGUCUCCUCUGACACACUGAUCCACCUCCACACCUUCAACAGCACCUUCACUGAGCCUCUGUACCUGGGGUUUGGGUAUUGGGUAGAUGACUCCUCAGUGUCUCUGUGUGAAUUUGAGGAGUGAGA